AAAAAAAAAAACCCGUCAGGCAGUCCAGCAAGUCGGAAGAGAAGGACACAAAAACGGGGUUGUAGUUUCACGGCCGCGGAGGACUUCCCCCCCGACACACAUUUCAAAAAAAUAUCUCGUAAAUCCGGGGAAGGGUUUAAGGUUACACAUGUCGGGAUUUGGGCAGGGAAUGUAACUAACACACGGCGGAUCACGCGGCUAACUUUUUUUUUUAUAUAGAGGCGUAGCGAGGCUUUGAACUACUCAGCGACGGUCGAAAAGACACCAUUUUUUUGGGAGUAUUUUUACUUCUAGGAAGAGUGAGAGUUUUUCGCAUGGAGCCACUACUUGUUGGCGCUGUAGCCAAGUGUGGUCCAGGAACGUCAGCUAAUGCUAGGUAGGCUAGCUCGGUGUUAGCUGCUAGGACUUAGGUUAGCCGCCCGCAGCCCAACAACUUCGCUAAAACAUCCAGCUGGAAAGUAAAAUAUUCUUGUUGUUUUUCGGGCGAGUGACCAAGGGUUGUGUCGAGUUGGGCUUAUGUGCUAUGUGUGUGGAAGAUUACUCCGGAAAAACGCCGACACAGCCCCUGCAAAGCGCCUAACCCCCACCGCCGACGCACAAUGCCGGAUCACGCCGAGUGAGUCGCAGUUUUGACGGAGCGUCAACGCGCAGGUUGCUCCACUUUUUUUUUUCUUUUUUUUUUUUUUUUGUGCGGAUGCGAACGCACCGAGGAGUUAUUCCAUCCAUCCAUUUUCUACCGCUUAUUCCCUUUGGGGUCGCUGGUGCCUAUCUCAGCUACAAUCGGGCGGAAGGCGGCGUACACCCUGGACAAGUCGCCACCUCAUCGCAGCCGAGGAGUUAUUUUUUUUUUUAAUCUGAAGAAGGAAAGUGAUACGGACAGAUCGUCUUCAAAUCAGACAUAUAUAUAUUUACAUAUAUAUAUAUAUAUAUAUAUUUUUUUUUGGGGGGGUCGACUCCUUCCAUCAAAAUGUCAGCCAUCACUGCAGCCGAGAAAGUGGACGGAUUCACUAAAAAGUCCGUGAGGAAGGCCCAGAAGCAGAGAAGGUCCCCCGGCUCGUCUCAGUACAGGACUCAGAUCGUUCCGGUGGAGCUUUCCUCUCUGCCCCAGCUAAAAGAUGCACCCUCCACCGAGCAACAGGAACUUUUCAAUCAGAAGCUCCGGCAGUGCUGCAUGCUCUUUGACUUCAUUGACUCGGUGACGGAGAUGAAGAGCAAGGAGAUCAAGAGGGCCACACUGAAUGAGCUGGUGGACUAUGUGUCCACCAACAGAGGUGUCCUGGUGGAGUCUGCGUACCCUGAGAUCACCAACAUGAUCACCACUAACAUUUUCCGUACACUUGCACCGAGUGACAACCCAGAUUUUGACCCAGAGGAGGAUGAACCCACUCUAGAAGCUUCAUGGCCUCAUAUCCAACUUGUCUACGAGUUCCUUCUGCGCUUUCUUGAGAAUCCAGACUUCCAGCCCAGCAUUGCAAAGCGCUACAUUGAUCAGAAGUUUGUACUUCAGCUCCUGGAGCUGUUUGACAGCGAGGAUCCAAGGGAGAGGGACUUCCUGAAGACCAUCUUGCACCGGAUUUAUGGGAAGUUCCUGGGGCUUCGGGCCUUCAUCCGGAAGCAGAUUAACAACAUCUUCUUGCGGUUCAUCUAUGAGACUGAACAUUUCAAUGGCGUCGCUGAACUCUUAGAAAUCCUGGGAAGCAUCAUCAAUGGCUUUGCGCUACCUUUGAAGGCGGAGCAUAAACAGUUUCUAAUGAAGGUGCUCAUCCCGUUACACACGGCAAAAGGACUGGCCCUCUUUCACGCGCAGCUGGCCUACUGUGUUGUCCAGUUCUUGGAAAAGGAUCCCACGCUCACUGAACCGGUGAUCCGAGGCCUGCUGAAGUUUUGGCCCAAGACGUGCAGCCAGAAAGAGGUGAUGUUCCUGGGUGAGAUUGAGGAGAUUCUGGAUGUCAUUGAGCCUACACAGUUUAAGAAAAUCCAGGAGCCUUUGUUCAAGCAGAUCUCCAAAUGUGUGGCCAAUCCCCACUUUCAGGUAGCGGAGCGAGCACUGUACUUCUGGAAUAACGAGUAUAUCCUCAGCCUCAUCGAGGAGAACAUCGACAAGAUCCUCCCCGUCAUGUUUGGAAGCCUGUACCGGAUCUCCAAAGAGCACUGGAAUCCGUAUGUACUUAAGAUUAUGUGUGGGAAUGUUAGAGCUGGGCGAUACGGCCUUUUAUUAAUAUCUCAAUAUCUUUUAGGCCAGGGGUGCCCAUUACGUCGAUCUCGGAGGGUGUGUCAGUCGAUCUCAAGCCAGGCAUUAAAAAAUAGACAUAAAAAUGAGCAAUCAUCAAUCAUACCAAGACUUCACUUUCGUCAGUUGUUUGACAUUCUCGGCACCCGAGGAUCUUGUGAGAUGACGCUGGCUGCUGCAAGCUCAUAUUUAAGAAAAAAAUCACUAACAGGGCGGACGCAGAGAAACACAUUUUAUUUCUAGAGACUCCGUACCUACUGUCAAAACUCUAAAGACCGACUGCACAGUUCCUGUCUUCACCAUAAAAGACCUGUUUCAUCCUGCCUGUGCUAACAAAAUAAGAGUCUCAGAAAGCUAGCGUGCACAAGCUAGCAAGCUACGGAGUUUGAUGCCAAUGUAUUUCUCACUUGCUUGCCCACCCACACAGUCACUGACGUCACUCACCUGCUGCCAGACAUUAAAGGGCCACACACAUAUGCUACUCUCAUAACAAAGUGUUUAAAAAGGAGUAUGCAAGUUGGACAAAUGAGAUGCCAAAUCCAACCACUUUCAUGUGGUAUUGGACAGAAAGGAGGACUUUUUUUUCCCCUCCAUUUGAAAAUGCGGACGUUAUCAGCACCACUGUCUAAUUCCAAUCAAUGCAAGUCAUCAGAAUCAAAUACACCAACUUA